AUGGCUGCCAUCGCGUCAGUGGAGGCGGUGGCCACGCCGCUGCUUCCGGGCGUGCACCACCGUCUGUUUUCAACGCAGGCGCUGUUGAAGCAUGAGCAGGAUGCGGCGGCGGCGUUGUCGCAGCAGCUGCAACAGUGCCUGACGGAUACGGCUGAUGCAUUGCUUGAGCAGCGGGCAUACGUCCAGGCCUACCUGCUCUUGCAGGAUGACCGGCGCGAGCUGGCCAAUGUCCUGCAGCAGGCCCUGCAAGCACCGCAGCUUGCUCAGGAUACAGUCGUGGAGGACAGCGCCCCCUACAAGGAUCUGCAGUCAUUGGUCACGGCUGUGCGUCAACUCUAUGAAAAUCCAGAGACCGUGGCAUAUUGCUUGCAUCGCCUUGCCCGGCGGUCUGCCAAGGAUGCUGCCAUGUGCACCACCUUGGCCCAAACCUACUUGAGCGAAGUACUCAACACGCGCAGUGCUCACGCUGAUGAAGCUCGUCAACUCCAGUUUCUAACAACCAUCCUGGCUGAUGGCUGGGCAGCACGCCCCAAGGAUCGCCCCCAAGCGCUUGGGCUAUGCCCACGAGCUUUUGCUAUUGCCCUCGUUGCACCCGUGCCCUCGGUAGUUCAGCAUGCACGUUUGGUGGCCGAGCAGCUCUGGGCUGUCUGGCCCCAGUGCCCCACCGACCUGGUGCCGGCCUAUGAACGUAUAACCACAGGCAGUGAUACCCAAAGCAUUUCGUGCGUGUACAUCGCGCGUCGUUAUGUCAAUUCCUGGGUGCGGAUUCUCAAGGGUGCCUUGGCACAAGCGCUUCUUGGUGCUCCAGUUUCGCCGGAACUGCGACGGGUCUUCACAGAGGCCCUGCAAGGCGCCGAGAAAACAGUCGCUGCCCAAUGGACCCGCUCCAUCCUGGUUGAACGCCGAGACUUGAUUCCAGCUUUCCUUGAAGGACCGAAGGAGAAUAAGCUGCAUAUACACGAACAAACACACAACAAUCACACAGCAACAACAACAAGUACACAAGCCUUCACCGGCUUUUCUCACCCCAUUGCUCGUGUCUUUUUCUGGGCCGAAGGCUUUGGUUGCCUGUUUUUUUACAGCCCCGCCUACACGGCAUUGCCCCGCGUGCCGUUGAUCGACAUGAGCGGCGGCCUAUUCGGGUGCCGCAGCCUGCCCCUUCUCGAGAUGACAGCGCCCAGGGAUGAGGAGCUCUGUCGUUUAUUGCACGAAGCGGUGUGGCGGGAAAGCAAGCCUUCUGCUGUACCAAUGUCCGGGGCGACCGAGGACAUGAUUGUCAAUGUCGCCCGCAUCAAGCCUUUGCUGUCACAUAUCGAUCUAGCCAUCUCAAGCCCCGAUGCCAAACCGAAUGGGGCCACAGCUGAAUUUCUUCAAGCCAUUCUGGAGGCUCGCAAGCAACUCGAACGUCGUGCCCCUGAUGGACCUGAGGACUCAUCGGAUGCGGUGGCGGCUUUGGUACGGCGUUUGAUCAAGGCUGCCCAGACCCUGGACCCGUUGGCCUGCAAUUUGUCCAGCAUGGGUGCUGCCGGCUCGGGUUAUGCCGUACAGGGGCUCAGCUUCUUGGGUGACGUACUUCUUCACGAGGUGGAGCGGCUUGCUAGCCACGUGCCCAGCGAAUGGCGCCCUCCGAAUAGCCGAGCGCUGCAAAGACUGUUGCAUGCGCAUGCGGCCAUCAUGCAGAAUUACAGUAUCUACAUGGUGGAACAUCGAUUUGCCGUGCAUCGCCGUGUGCAAGUCUCUAAACUCCACCUGACAGCGCUGGAGCGAAAUUUGGCUGAGUGGCGAGAGUGGUGGUUGGAAAUGCUGGCACAAUAUGUGUUCCAGCGCAAUACACGCCUUGAAGCCAGGCUGCUGGCAGCUCUGGCAUCCGUCGAUGGCCCUUCCACCGAUGAGGUCAACGACACCUUGUCGCGGGUGGAGAGCGUUGCCGUUACACUGUCUUUGUUUGAUGUUUGUACUGGCCUGCGAGCUCAGCGUCAUGCUCUGGCAGAAGACUGCAAGGCAAUGCUGAUGAUGUUGCUGCUGCCACCGAUGAUGAGCGAGCACAGGCAGGCGCGCAUUCAACGGUCACGAGCGGGGCAUCCCAGUUUUGAGCUGAGCGUUAAACAACGGUUGACGGCACCCUGGCCGGCACCGGUUGCCACGCUCAAGCUGUUGGGGCUGUGCAAGGCACCUUGGUCGUGUCUUCGCGUCAUCAGCAAGGCCUGCAAGCAACUCGAGGCGCUGCUGGCUUUGGACGUGGGGGUGGCUGGAGCAGACGACAUGUUACCAGUCCUCAUCCAUGUUAUCGCGGAGAGCACGCUUCAGCGUGCACCCGCUAUAGUGCAGUACUGCAAUGCAUAUGGAGCAGAUCUUGUUCAGACAGGGGAAGGGGCUUAUUGGUUUGGCCUGUUUGAAAUGGCAACUCAGUACCUCUGCACCUGCGAGCUUGUCGACUAG